AUGAAAAGACUGAGAGAAGGCAUUGAAGAGUAUCCAAAAUAUGUAAUGUAUUACAAAGGAGAAAAGGCUGGCCAUAGAGGUGUAGGAUUUCUUGUAAAGGCAUCUCUAAAGAAUAAUAUCCAGGAAUUUGUAAGCUUAAACGACAGAAUAGCUGUACUCAACAUACUCCUCCCAGGCUACCCAGAACAAUGGACACUAAUACAAAUCUAUGCACCAACAGAACAAGCCGAUGAAACAGAGACGGAGCUCUUCUAUAACACUCUAGCGGACCACAUAAGAAACAACCAAAAUAAAAACACUAUAGUCAUGGGCGAUUUCAACGCCCAAAUCGGUACUAGACAAGCCAACGAAGAUAUUAUAAUUGGAAAACAUGGCCAUGGCAAAAGAAGCGUUAAUGUGCAACGACUGGCAGAAUUUUUAAUGGAGAACAACUUAUACCUAAUGAACUAUAAGUUUAAGAAGAAAACAAAAUGGACAUGGGUCUCCUCUGAUGGAAAAACUAGAAAUGAAAUUGAUUACAUCCUAUCGAAUAAUCCCAAAACCUUUGUCGACGUAGACAUUAUUCAAAAUCUUAACUUUAAUACUAACCACAGAAUGGUUCGUGGAACUCUACUUCCAAAAAACAUUAAAAAAUCAAGAAAACAUAUACACAAAACUACAGGAAAAGAUUUUAAACACGUAAAUCUUCAAGAAGUAAAAACUAAAAUUAACUCCUUAGAUAAAAAUGAAACCAACAAAACCCUACACAUUACAGAACAAUAUAACAGCCUAGAAUUACAACUGACCAGCAGUGUUAGCAACAUACAACAAAAUGGAAAAAAAUAA